AUGUAUUUUAUGCCUGGAGAGAAAAAAGCGGAUCCUGAGCAAUUCCUAAAGCCCCCUGACAUAACCACUGUGAACAAGAACAUUAAACCCCAUGAGACGACACCUGGAGCAGCCAUGAGGAAAAGAUCCCAAGAAAAUCCCAACCUUGGGAAAAGCCCGCUUCUCCUCACUCCUCAAGCCAAGCGUCGCUCUUGGUGUCGCUCAAGCCUCAAGGGGACAAAACGCCGGAAGUCUUUGCCUCCCGUUCACCAGGAUGUCACUGAAUUAAGCAAAUUAAUUAGCCUGGAUCUACCAGAGAUAGAGCGACUUUCUAUCCUCCUCUUGUCCAGUUUCCAGUUUUCUGCUCAGAAACUUGAAGACAUCUUGAAGCAAAAUGAUGGUUUUAGCCCUGAAGCUUUCCGAGCUAACGUGCACUCGGUGUCAGAAGACCUGAAGCGAUACAUGCAGAAGCUGAAACGAGACGGGACGCUGAAGAGCUGCGUGGAAGACCCUCAAGGGAUUUUACUGGACUCGGCUUUGGAUGAGUCGGUGGCCCAAGUUAAGGAGUACAUCACCAGGUUCACCGCUGAAUGUCGCUCCUGGGAUCAGCUCUUACUGCACCACCAGGAAAGCGCUGAAGAAAUGUCCAGGCAGCUCGAGGAAUGCAAGAGGAACGGAGGAGAAGCAGAACCUCUGAGUUACCUCCAGACAUCUCAGGCCAAAGUCCUUGGCACCAAACCCAACUACCAGAAGAUCCUGGAUGACCAGGGACAGGUUUUGAGCUGCAUGGAGCUUGUG